AUGAUCAGGAGACUGAAGGAGAAACACACAGAAAUGAGCAGGAGACUGAAGGAGAAACACACAGAAGUGAUCAGGAGACUGAAGGAGAAACACACAGAAGUGAUCAGGAGACUGAAGGAGAAACACACAGAAGUGAUCAGGAGACUGAAGGAGAAACACACAGAAGUGAUCAGGAGACUGAAGGAGAAACACACAGAAAUGAUCAGGAGACUGAAGGAGAAACACACAGAAGUGAUCAGGAGACUGAAGGAGAAACACACAGAAGUGAUCAGGAGACUGAAGGAGAAACACACAGAAGUGAUCAGGAGACUGAAGGAGAAACACACAGAAGUGAUCAGGAGACUGAAGGAGAAACACACAGAAACCAAACAGAGAUGUGGUUUCCCCGGUUGUUUUUCUCUCCAGGGCUCGUCUAAACUGGAGAAAGCAGAGAUUCUGCAGAUGACGGUGGACCACCUUAAGCUGCUGCAUGCCAUGGGGGGCAAAGGGUACUUUGAUGCGCGGGUCCUGGCAGUGGACUAUAGGACUCUGGGAUUCAGAGAGUGUGUAGGAGAGCUGGUCCGGUACCUGAGCUGUUUAGAAGGAGGGGUGGACUCGCCGGACCCUAUCGGUGCCCGCCUGGUCUCCCACCUCUCCCACUGCGCCAGCCAACUGGACCCCCUUCUCCUUCAGUCGCCCCACACCUCCUCCGCCCUCCCUUUUCCUCCCUGGCCGUGGAUCUCCUCCUAUCACCAGAUGUCACCUGCCUCGUCUCCCACCUCUCCAUCUUUCUCCGCGAGGCGGAGGGAGCCGGCACGCCUGGGGGGUGGGGGUUAUCCGUCCCACUCAGCCGACACCUUGCGUCUCGCCCCAAUGGGGUGCCAACAGGGGUCCAUGCUCGCCCCUGCUUUGGUGUCUGAGCUUCGCAGGGUGCCCUCUCUCCCGCCACCUUCCUCCCCUGCCCUCACCGCUACCCCCACUCACAGACUCACUCAGCAGUCCUCUGGAGCCUCACUCCUCCUAACCUCCUCUUCCUCCUCUUCCUCCUCCUUUCCCUCUGCUCCUCCACAAGUCACCUUCAGACCCUUUGCCCCUCUGGGGUCUCCCGCGGGUCAGCGCAGGGGCAAAGCUGCAAAGAUCUGGGGGACUGAGAUAGGAGCCUUCUGAUCCAGAACCUGUCAACAUGAUGCACCAUGUAAAGUUUGCUCUUAACCACAGAUCUAGGAUCAGAUUACCCAACCCUUAAACCUACCCUUAACCCAGUGGAGGUUGCCGAGGGGAGGACGGCUCAUAAUAAUAUCUGGAACGGAGCAAAUGGGACGGCAUCAAACACCUGGAAACCAUAUGCUUGAUGUACAGUAUUUGAUACCAUUCCACCCAUUCCGCUCCAGCCAUUACCACGAGCCCCAAUAAAUGUUCCAUCAACCUCCUGUGCCUUAAACACAGCUCUAGGAUCAGAUUACCCCCCCCCCCCCCCCCCUUAACCACAGAUCUAGGAUCAGAUUACCCAACCCUCCCUUAACCACAGAUCUAGGAUCAGAUUACCUUACCCCUAACCAUUAAAGGGUGGAAACCAUAUGACCCUAGAUCAAUGGUUAGGAACAGCCUCUCUCUCUGUCUCUCUGUCUCUCUAUCUCUAUUUCUAUCUCUCUCGCUCUCUCACACACACAAAAAUUACAUAUAUAAAUGACAGGGACUCUAAAGCCAUACAAUAUGACAGACAGGAGGACAGACAGACAGAGAAACAAACAGACUGGAAUCAAACAGGGAUGGACAGAGCAACAGAUGGACAAAUGAAGUCAAGAUGGAAGACAGAGUCAUAAGAGAGAAACAGAAUAACUCAGAAGGACUUCCAGAGAUCUACUCAGCCUUAAGAAGGACUUCCAGAGAUCUACUCAGCCUUAAGAAGGACUUCCAGAGAUCUACUCAGCCUUGAGAAGGGCUGACUGAAUAACUCAGAAGGACUUCCAGAGAUCUACUCAGCCUUGAGAAGGACUUCCAGAGCUCUGCUCAGCCUUGAGAAGGGCUGACUGAAUAACUCAGAAGGACUUCCAGAGAUCUACUCAGCCUUGAGAAGGACUUCCAGAGCUCUGCUCAGCCUUGAGAAGGGCUGACUGAAUAACUCAGAAGGACUUCCAGAGAUCUACUCAGCCUUAAGAAGGACUUCCAGAGAUCUACUCAGCCUUAAGAAGGACUUCCAGAGAUCUACUCAGCCUUGAGAAGGGCUGACUGAAUAACUCAGAAGGACUUCCAGAGAUCUACUCAGCCUUGAGAAGGACUUCCAGAGCUCUGCUCAGCCUUGAGAAGGGCUGACUGAAUAACUCAGAAGGACUUCCAGAGAUCUACUCAGCCUUGGGAAGGACUUCCAGAGCUCUGCUCAGCCUUGAGAAGGACUUCCAGAGAUCUACUCGGCCUUGAGAAGGGCUGACAGAAUAACUCAGAAGGACUUCCAGAGAUCUACUCAGCCUUGAGAAGGGCUUCCAGAGCUCUGCUCAGCCUUGAGAAGGACUGACUGAAUAACUCAGAAGGGCUUCCAGAGAUCUACUCGGCCUUGAGAAGGGCUGACUGACGGUCCUACUUGUACAGAAAGCUCUGAAUCUCAGUUUGGACGUGGGUCUUCAUAGCAAUACCACGUUGUUCUCCAUUAGAAGUGGCCCAAUAAGACGGUCUAUGAACAAACAAAUGCAAGAGACUAUAUAUACAACAGAGACAUGUAUAUUGUUCUUUCUUAAAACAUUCCCAGAUUUUCCAGAAAUUCUGUUUGCUGGAUUCCGGAUUUUCCGCUUUCUUCACUUCCUUAUCCAGGAAUCUUACAGUUGGGAUGUCUGGUAUAUUGAGGAAGUUAGAUAUAGAAUGUAAUCUCUGCCAACCUAGAGGGAGACACAGCUCUUCUCAGACUGUUGCUGUGAACUGAACUGCGUUUGUCAUGUAUUUUUGCUGUGAUGUUUUAAUUUGUAUAUUUUAAAUCAUUUUACGUACAUUUUAUUACCCUGAUUGAUUCCGUUUUCAUUCAAACGGAAUGGCUGAUAAAAAUGGUAUUUAAAUAA